AUGGCUGAGGCAUGCCGACCUCCACAAGCUCGCGUGCUCCUGCAGCAGUGCCUGCAUGCCAAGCUGCAAGUUUGUCCUGCCCAGGGCGACACCGAGGCGCAGUGGGUGGAGGUUCCAAGAGCAUUAGUGAUCUAUGUCUGUUUCUUCAAAGAUGCUGAAGGAGACCUUCUGCCUAAAAUGGUUAGCACACUGUUGAAUGUGAAAUUAAGUGAGACCGAAAAUGGCAAGCUUGUCUCUAUAUUGGAUCUACCUGGAAACAUUCUCAUCAUCCCUCAAGCUACCCUUGGGGGAAAAGUGAAAGGAAAAGGCAUGCAGUACCACAAUAACUGUGGAAAAGAAGAAGGAUUAGGACUUUAUUCUCAAUUUGUGACUCUAUGUGAAAAAGAGCUCGCUGCUAAUAGCAAGUGUGCUGAAGCUGGUAUGGUGGUCAGACAUGGAACAUAUGGAAACAGACAAGUGUUAAAGCUCGAUACCAAUGGACCCUACACACAUCUGAUUGAAUUUUGAAAAGGCCACUUCAGUUUGGAUAACA